UUUAGUUCUUUAUUUUAUUUUCAAUCUUGACUUCUUAACGUUCAAUAAUUUCGUUGUGGAAAUGUGUAUCAAUUCGAAAAUUAUUAUUUUCUAAUACUAUACUUAUGCGAUUACUCCGUAAUAACUCGUAAAAAAAUUUAAAAAUAAAAUCAAUAAUGAAGGACGUGUGAUUUUUUUUUGUUUAUUACAAGACUUUAAGAUUGAUUGAAAGAAAUCUCUGAAUUAAAUCAUAAGACAAUCGUGAGACGGUUUGGCUGAUAUAAUAUAAAACAUGGCAAACGUAACUCAUGUGGAUUUGAACAAUUUCAUCAGUAAAACGAUGCAUACAUUUUCGAAUUUAAUUAAUCAAGAGUUAAAAUUCGAUGAAGUAGCCGAUUCUUGGGUGUUCAUGCGCACACCAUGGCCAAUGUUCAUAAUUUUGGCAGCUUAUCUGUUAUUUGUAUUAAAAUUAGGCCCUAAUAUGAUGAAAAAUCGUGAACCAUACAAUAUUAAACAUAUUAUGAUGAUUUACAACCUUGCACAGACUGCGUAUAAUAUCUACAUUAUAUCCGCGGUAUUCCUUAUACCCGGCACAUAUACAUACUUAUUAAAUAUUGUAUGCAUUCCAGACGAAACAGAAAGUAAUAGAUUUUAUAAAAGACAGUUUUAUAUACAAUCGUGGCAUUUUGUUAUAUCGAAAGUAUUUGAUCUUCUAGACACUGUAUUUUUCGUUUUAAGAAAAAAACAAUCUCAUGUGUCAUUUUUACAUGUUUAUCAUCACGUUAAUAUGGUUGUCACUACUUGGAUUUUCUUGAGAUUCAUCAAAGGUCAACAAGGAGCUCUAUGCGGUAUUAUGAAUGCUACCAUCCAUGCGAUAAUGUAUAGUUACUACUUCUUAGCAGCUCUGGGUCCUCAAGUACAAAAAUAUCUUUGGUGGAAAAAAUACGUGACAUGUUUGCAAAUCGUACAAUUUAUAGUCGGCAUAAUAUACGGAGUAUAUCUCUUUAUUUACGAUUGUGAUUUCCCGAGAUUGUUCUCCAUCUACAUGAUAUUUGACGUACUUCUGUUUUUGUAUUUAUUUGUUGCAUUCUAUAAUAGGACGUACAACCAAAAACAAAAGUCUCAAUAAACUCGAAAACCGACAGAACACGUUAAUAUGUUAGAUUAAUUAAUUAUGUUACAUUAAUAUGUAGACCUCGUCGGUAAUUUAUUAUAAACUCAACAGUAUACUAUAUUUAUGUACUUACACACAUUUUUAAGACUUUCUUUGGUAAAAAUCAUAUUUUAUCUCUUCUCCCUGAAGUAUUCUCAAACCCCCAUUUUUGCUCACACCUAUAAUUUGCAUAGUAGUAAUAAACAUAUAUUUUA